GCCGGCCGCCCGCGGCGCUGGCCAGGCGCCCGCCCGCUGACACGGCGCCGGGCUUCCCGCGACGCUCUCAGGUGCGGCCUGGCACGCGGGCGCGCUACGCCGCCAGCAUCCUGGCCUUCGCCACCGCCAUGGGCGUCGUCACCGACUGCUGGGUGAACGAGGACCUGCCGCUCGUAGCCACCCUGCUGGAGGUCGCGGCCAGGUACACGUUGGCUGCGUUCGCCCACCGCUUUGGCAUCUCGCUCCGGGCUCCCAGCGUCUUCCCCAAGGCGAAGGGCGCCCUCUCUGGCUGGGGCAAGUUGGAGCCUGACAUCACCUCGGAGCCGCUGCGCUGGGCGGCCGCGUGCCUCAUGGCCGAGUACCUCGCCAAGCUCAAGACGGAGGACGCCUUGCAGGCCGCCCGUGGGCAGGUGCUUCAGUUUGACACCUACCUCAGCCCUGGCGAGCUGCUCGACCUCCUUGUCCCGUGCUGCCUCUUGCCGCAGCCCAGCGCCGGCUCAGGCUACAACGAGAUGGGCCUGGUCGUCGGCGCCUCCGCGCUGGUCACGCGUGACAACAACCGCUCGCGCGUCACCAAGACCGGCCUGCAGGACGACACUGCGUUCGUCGACAGCCAGUCCCGGGGCCGCCUCAUGUUUCUGCGCACCUACGCGAGCUACGACCGCGCGCUGAAGGAGGCGGCCGCCGCAGUCGGGCUGCCGUCCAAGGUCACGGCGCACCUCCCUCGGCACGGCGGCCCGUCGGAGGACUACCUGCGCGGCGCCCGCUCGCUUGCUGACAUCCAGGCCCGCGGCAGGUGGGCCACUGUCCGUUCUGUUCAGAGAUGCCAGAAGAGCGGCCGUGCCCUCGCUUCCUUUCGUCGGCUCUCGACGGCCGUCAAGGCUGAGGCCAAGCGGGCUGGGGCUCGGGAGCUCUGCUUUCUUGCCUGA